AUGGCUCUGCACUCAUUUUCAGGCGCCCGAUUAUGUGGGGGGUCCAAAUUCCCAGAGAUCGACGUCUUUGGUGACGUUUAUGUUCGACCUGGGAAUGAGUUGGCCGAGUCCUUUCAUACGACGAUGGUGAAGAGGAGCCAGUUGGUUCUUCAGGAGUCCGCCUCCCAACUUCCUCCCGAGACUCUGAUCAAGUCUGUAGAUCCUCCACAGGAUGCUGGAUUUCAGAUCUUGACGGAGACGUUGGAUCAGACUCUCGGGAGGAGGCCGGGGACAUAUUGUCGAGGGAUGGGGAAUGCCCGGCGGAGGGAACCUAGACCCCGUUCAUCAGUGCAGUCAAACAGUCAGGUGACUGUUUUGACAGCACAGGUGGCCGCACUUCAGGGUCAGAUGUCGGUGAUUCUGCAGUCCCUCGCGCGGUCCGGCAUUCCAGUCCCGCAAUUUGAUGCGUCGACCUCCGAGCCAGUCCACCCCGAACAUGCCCGCCAGACCACUGCCCCUGUGGACCCCCAGACCUCCGAGCUGCAUAUGCCUGACGACCAAGUAGAUUUUGGAACAUUAUUUGAUUAG